CCAUGUGUAGAAUGGCGGUGAGAGAAAAUGGAUAUGGACACCGACAAGUCUGUUCCGUCCCCGGUCCAAAGCACGGCUGGGUUUGUUGCGACGUGCUUCUAUUUACAAGCUGGUGACGGAAGAGGUCUAGGAAAAUUCUUCACGAGUUUGCGGAGGACGCCACGUGGGAACCAACGUGGAAAAUGUGGGAAUCCGACGCGUCAUGGACAAGACAGGAAUCCGAGAACGUGCGAAAAGGAGCAUCCUGAACGAAAUGCGAUACGCCAUUGGGAAAGUCGGAUAAUCCACGGGACAGGCCUGAUCAUGAAGGCGAAUCGGUCCUGUGACGAAAUUUAAGGCUACAAGAAAUCCAUCUUCGCGCAUCGCGAGACCGUGUUCAAGGGGA